AUCGAAGGAAGUAGAAAUUUGUUAUCGUUGCGGCUGCUGUUACGGACUCGGGAGGAUUUUAGAAGGUGUGUAUGGUAUUUUAGUUUUUAUUGGACUGUUAGUUAUUUUGUUUUAAAGGCAUUUUAGAGCAAGUAGGCUAUAUAAAGAGUAGAUCGAAGCCAUUCACAGGAAGCGCGCGGUUCCAAGGAAUUCUUCUCACAGUAAGCUUUAAUGCUAAUAGCUGUUUGUGAGCUUUCUCGUCAGCUUAGUAACUUUUUUUAUUAAGAAUACUCUCGUUCGUUUUUAAUACCUACUUACCACUUUUCUGGCUUCGUAUAAGCGUACUUGUAAACCCUUGCACGGCUAGGCUUAGUAUGUCUAGUUUAUAAUUUUCGUUUUCUUAACGUAUAGCCCAUGACGGAGUUGUAUACUGUUGAAAAGAAAAAUGUAUGCAUACUAGAAAGACGUGUUUCGCAGAACCUUGCAAAGCUCAGAGAAAGGGGCAAUAGUUGGAAAUUGCUAAUGAGUGAAAAAGGCAAAAGCCAAAAGGAAAUGAAAGCGGAAAGACAAAGUUUAAAAUUUUCUUGAGCACAAUUCUUAUGAGCUUUAAUCCCUGCGAAAACAAAAAGGUAGAAGUCUAUUCAUAUUGUAGGUUUCGAGUGUUAGCUGCGUAUUUUCCUGAAGUUAUCCACUAUCACACCCGUUUCCUUUUGACGUGUAGGAGGGUCAAAUAGGAUGAACAUGGGACCUAUGAAACACUGGCUACCCUUCCUUAACAACACCAACCCCAUUUAAAUCCCAGAAAAUCCUUUUUAACGACAGAGCACUGUGUUCAAAUUUACUCCAACCAAAAGGAUGACUCCAAUAUUAGAGCCAGUGUUAACCCCCCCUCACCAGCUGUACAAUUUUUUCCAAUUCUAUCCCCCCACCCCUGAGGUUCACAAGGUUCUGUGAUACACGUAUUUCUGAAAGGUUUUGAGUUUUAUUGGGUGGGAAGACAAGUAGAAAAUUAUUAGUUAUUUUAAUGUGGCUUCUGUUCAUGCUUAAGGCUGGUUACGCAGUAGAAGACAUACUGGAAGUGAUCUAAAAGACGCCCAGGUCAUUUAUUGUAAUUUAGGGGCCCUAGGUGGAGGAUUAGGAGGGGUUUAAAUUAAUAACUGUGACAAGCUUCACAAAACUUGUAUGCUUUUAGCGAAAAUACCAGAAGGAAGUUUGAGGGAGAAUAACCAGUCCACCAUAUGCCUAGUCCCUCUAAGAGAUCUUCAUUGCUCUCGGUCUUUUCUGCUGUCAGAAUUGUUGUUCACCCAUCCUUACUUUAAACUUGACAUUAAACAAGAUCCAGUGUUUAAGCCCUUGUUAAUUAAGCAAGAAACUAAAUUUUGCACCUUUUAGCUAUUUAACUAUACAGUGGAUGCUCUCCUAACGGGCGCUCUCGUAAGCGGAAAGCUCUACUUAUGGCCACCUUCACAAAAUGGGUUUUUCUCAAUUCCCAUACAAACUCUGUAUUUUUAAAUUCCCUUAAGUGGCCAGCCCCAGUUACAAACACCUUUUUUGCGUCCCGAGGGUGUUCGCUUACAAGAGCUUCCACUGUAUGUUUAUAGCAUUUUUGAGAAAUUGUCAGGGGAGCAUCUAUUAGAAGAGAAUGUAAUGAUAACUUAACAUUGUAAAGGGGUGUGUUUAUUUGGGAAUGUUGGAUGGCUAGCUUUAGGAUGAAGGAUUGUAAGCUUGAGAUUGAUUGCCACAGAAACAACUGUCCUCAAUGUCAUGACGUACAUUUAAGAUUCCCUGCCAGAGUUAAUUCCAAUAAGCAAUGUAGCUGGAAAAGUAGUCACAGCUCAGAAAAUGAAAUUGCAACAAAAAGCAUCCUUUCUGAUAAAACAUUUCUGACAGCAGUGUGAAUUAUUGAGAAAAAGAGAAAAUUGACGCAAGCACGCCCUACCUGGCAGGCCCUCAAUAUUAGCUCUUGAGUCUCCCCUUCCCCUGGCACUGCCUAUUUUCACCUUUGGUGUCCCCUAAGAUCAACUACACAGUACCCUGAUUAUUUGUUCAUAAAUAAGUCACUACCAAACAAGUUAUUACUUGCAUAAGCAGAUGAGGUAAGGCAUGGGCUGGUAAGAUGCCAAACAUUUCACUACAGUAUUUACUCAAAUAAGCACUGGAUACUUAUUGAUUUUUCAAUGUGGGCUUAUUUGAGCAUGUUGAGGGCAGCACUUACAUAAUUUUUUUCAUACUACAUAAUUUUUCUUUCUUUUUCAUGGUGGGCGCAUUUACCUUUACUUUUAUGAGCAGUGAAAGUCGAAGGUGCAUAAAUAGUUUCCAACCCUUUGAAUGCCAACCCAGCGGCCGGUGGCCAUAUUGGACUUUUUCACAAGAAUGUAUUUUUCACAAGUUAAGAACUUUAAUGCUUUAUAACUUCUCUUUACAGUAAAAAUGUAAUUGAUAUGCCAUUAACUUGUGGAUGUAACUUCUUUACAAAUUUUGUGGCCAGCAGUUAACAUUAUUCCUUCUUACACCCUUUCAAACAGUAACGGACAAAAUUGCUGUGCCAGUGGAAAAAUAAAAGCAUACUAAGUCGAGGAUGUAUAUAUAUGCCCUCGGUAGUAGGGACUUUUCUUUUAGGACUUACAUGUAUAUAUACAUCCUUGGCAUUCAAAGAGUUAAGGUCCAUUUAGUGAUAUCAACAUUAACAAACAAAAAAUUUUUGAAAAUUAACAAGUGUUGGGAGGGUGCUGCACUUUUAAGGAGGUGGUACUUAUUUAUAUUUAUGCUUUGUAGAUGCAUCAUUGCUUAAUAUUUACAAUAUUUUAAAAUUUACGUUUGGUGCUUAUUUGAUUAAGUACCGUAGUGUUGCACAGGGGUUUCAAUAGUAGCUGGGUAGCGGGUAGAUCUACCCACUUGCAACGGGCCGAUUACCCGCUUGGAGCCUUCACAUGAACGUCAACUAAGACCAGAUAAUUUCACCUCAGCUUCGAAUUCUUGCCAAAAAAUUUGGCAAAAUAGGUUUUGACUGUGACUACUUCAUUGUAACAUAAUUCUCUUCAAAUUUGUUAAAAUUAGUUGACUUAGGAGCAAAAAAAUGAAACAACAAAGCAACAAAAAGAGACCUGAAAAUGCAUCUGCGAGAGUCUAGAACUUCAAAAUUUUCGGGCCUUCGGCAAAUAUACCUGCCUGUUACUCUUAAGUACCCACUUGUGCAAAAACUUAUUGAAACCCCUGGGUGCAUAAGUUUAACCCUACUGUUUAGUGAAUGUGAGGCUUUCAAUAGGCCAUUUCCGAGUUCCAAAAACUCUCACUUUGAAAAUAAGGCUAAGUUCAAAACCUCUUUUUGUGUGGAAAUGAGGAGGCUUGGGGAAACUUAGAAGUAGCCUAUUUACAAGACUUCACACUAUUAUGGAAAUCAUUUAAGGUAGAGCAAAAUUAAUGCUCUACCAGGUCCAUUAGUUCAAAUGUGGAAUAGUACUGUAUGUAUCCAGGAUGUGAUGACUCUAUUCAGUGGACAAUGCAGUUAGUUUCUUUGAUUAACACAUCCACUGGAAAUAGCAAUAGUACUGCCACCCAACUGUUGAACAGUGGGGAGCUUAUGCGGUGACAAUGGCAGUGAAAACAUCGUUAAAAAAAUUAAUUUGCGUCCUUUCCAACUUCAUAGCGUUUAUUUAGACCCACUCAAUUUGUCAAAUGUAGGCGACUUUUCGUGGAGUUGAAUUCUUAAGGACUUUAUCCAGGGUCAAAAAGAGGAAUUAAAAUUUGUUGUUGUAUGUUACAUCCUCCAUAAUAGUCAGCGCAUUGGGUUUCACCUCUUUGUCAGUUAGUGGAUGUCAAAGAAAUGUACUAAAAAGCGUGAUGCAUGUUCAGAGCUGUUGUUUUACUGUUAAAGCCAAUUAUUGUUUUAUUAUGUUGUCAUUUUCAAGGUUGCAUAGUUGCCUAAGGUCCCUAAUAUUGGGGACAGAUUUUUUCACUAGACUGUUAAUUUGACUUUAAAGUCCUCUUCUGGCUAACAUAUCUUAACCUGACCAAAGAGAAGUUGCAUGUAUACGGUCACAGUAUUCUUUGUUAGGAAAAGUAACAAAUACAUGUGAAAGAUAGUCACCAGAUAAAUGUAAAAGAAUUUGAAGUAAAACCACUGGGUGGUAAUAUUUUGCUGGAAAGCAGAGUUUCUGCUUAUUACAAGGAUGUCUUUGUGAUCAUUUUCAUAUUAUAUUCCUUACUUCUUUCAAAAUAAAGUUUUGAAAUUGCAACCAUACAAUAUGGUACUUUAAAUACAGUGUUUAUGAGUGAUGUGUUAUUCCAGAAAUGUCCAAUCCCCCCACAGAAGGUUUGUUGUCUUAAACCUCCCUCCCACAUCUCUUUGGAAAUUCAAGUUUAGCUUUAGCCUUCCGUUUAAAUAUUAUUUUAGGCCUUUUAGAUUCCCCUCCCCCUCAGAAUUUCCACUGACCUCUCAAAGAGUGGAUAUGGAUAGUUUGUUGAAGCACACAUUUAAACCAUUAAACUCUAAUAUCAAAAUUCAGAUUCUCAUUUGUUGCCCCUAUACGUUUCCUAUAGAAGUAAAGGGGAGAAUUUGCUGAACCGCCGCCCGGUUAGCUCAGUUGGGAGAGCGCCGGUCUGCUGAGCGGGAGGCCGUAGGUUCAAACCCCGGCCGGACCAGCACUCAGGGUCUUUAAAUAACUGAGGAGAAAGUGCUGCCUUUGUAAUAACAUCUGCAAAUGGUUAGACUUUCUAGUCUUCUCGGAUAAGGACGAUAAACCGUAGGCCCCGUCUCACAAGCCCUUGCACAUGUAAUAAAUCUGUGGGCUGUUAAAGAACCCACACACUCUUCGUAAAGAGUAGGGCACGUAGUGCCCGGUGUAGUGGUCUAUCUCACUUUCACACUCAUGUAUGGGGGCAUCAUCAUUCAUUCCUUCAGUACUUGUAAACUGCACCUUAAGCAGUCUGGCAAAGUCCCCCAACCAGUGUUGUAAAUUAUCCCUGAAAAGCCCUGUGGGGAGUGGAUAAUAAGAUAUUUACAAUUUACAAUUUUACAGUUGAAGUAUCAGUGAUUCAUCUUGUGUUAUAAUGUUUCUUAUUCUCAUCACCAAUUUGCUUUGUAAAGCAAUCAUAUUUGAUGAUCACUCUUAGGGCUUAAAAGGUUAUUAAUAACAUCAUUUCAUGUUACAAAUAUCCAACCACUACCCCUUGCAGGUUAACAUGUUUGAGGGAAGUUUGAACCUAAACAGUAAUUUCCAGAGGGGUUGAGUUCUGCUUUAGGAAGUGUUAGAUGACACUAAGCCAGACACAAUGUCAACUACAGGCACGUACACCCAGUGAGGUUUCCAUCAUGUUUUCAUCGCUGACUUAAUUCUUUUUACAAUCCCGGAUAAAGAUCAUUUGUAUCAAGUACACCACAAAUGGUAAAAUAGCCAGUGAAAUAAAAGAACCUUUGUAGAGUGCUUUCCAAAACUCUGGCCUUUGGAACUCAUUUUGAACAUAGAAUAUUAAUCUUUUCUCACAGAUAUUCUAUAAAACCCAUCACUUUGCUGCAUACCAUUGUAGGAAAAGCACCCUUAUAAUUAUUACAAUGUAAAAUAACGUAUGCAUGACUCAAUAAAAUGAGGUUCAUUGCCGGUAAGCACAGAGGAAUACUCAGCCAUUUUACUUCCUUAUUAAAGGUAUCAACAUCAAUAAUGUCAUGAUUGUUUACACUUGAGUUCCUAAUCUGAAUGAGCUCCCUUAAAGUUUGAACAUAAUUAUUACCCUGAGGUAAACAAGACCCAAGUGCCAAAUGUAUAGCACUGACACCCCAUAAACACUACUAAUGCUGUAAACGCCACAAGGGUCCAACCCCAAUGCGCCAUAAAGGCUACAAACACUCUAAAUGUCACAAAACGACCAGCCCAAUCGCCUCAUAAAUGUUACAAACGCUGUGAAUGCCACAAAACGUUCAGCCACACCGCCCCAUGAAAAAACUGCAAAAUAAUAGGACACCAUAAAAGCUAUAAGUAGUUGUACACUUACCCAGAAGCGGAUGCUAAAGGUACAAAAAAGACUAUAAUAUUAAAUGUUAUAGCUUUUUAUCAUACUACUAGGGUCAUUUUACUUGACGUGUGAAAUAGGUAGUAGAAUACUACGUACUAUUAUGCACUAAUUUCAUUGUCUUCUUUUGUUUAUCUGUUGCUAUUAUUUACUAAUUGUUAGUAUCUGUUUCACAGGUCAAUUAAAAUCACUUUAAAUCUAUUUACUACAAAAUACUUAAAACUGUUCACAAUAUUAAUGAUGUUUAGAUAAAAUCGUUGGGCAAAUUGAAAAUUACUUAGAAUGCGGCUUUCUUAAAAACUGGCUAAACUACGUUUAAAUAUUUGGCCCCUGGUCCCUUGGGAAACUGGUCAGUGAUUUUUUUCCCUCAAGUCCUGAUGUUUCCCUCAACUUUGUUUAGGGAAACAUCAGGACUCUCAGGAAAACAAAACUGUAGCUGUAUCUUGAGACCUAGCAUUAAGUGUAUAUCACACUCUCUUCGUAUCUAGGACCUAAAAUAAUUGUCAACGAAAAGAAAUCACAGGUGAACAGAUCAAGUUUGCUUCAGAGUCCUGUGAGUUCAAUUUAUUAUCAAACCAGCCUUGUGCUGACAGGGCCCUCCACUGUGUAUAAGGCAACGUUCAAAACUUGACUUUAGUUGUCACUUGUUAUUUUCUGAAAGUCAAUUUAGAUUGCCACUGUUCAGGUGACCAGCUGAUGCAGGAUGUCAUCAGAAGUGGGAACUAUAGAAGUUGUGUUUGGAGAUGAUCAAACUGGACAGGAAAUCUUCUUGUAUUCAGGACAAACAACUACCGUACCAAGUAAGCUAUACGUACUUCUCUUGUUUAAGAGUAGAAUGCCUUUUGUAACAUAAUUGACAGAGUUUUAAGCAUUAGUGUACCUGAGUCUGAUCGACUCUGCAGUAAAAACUGGUCUGUUUGACAUGUCACAGGCUAAUCCCGUUUUGGAUUACCAACUAUCUAUGUCUUUUAGAAACUGGUAAGACCAUGUUGUCUGUUAUGGUCUCAAAUGAUGCACCCUGACAAAAUUUAUUUUUAUGUGCUUCUUCCUUUUGUUACUUAAAAUAAAUAUAUGUUGAAGACAGUAUUCUUUUAUGUUUUCGUUGCAUGGCAAUCAAGAAUCAACUGGUUCUCUAUUGUCUGUUAAUUGUUUUUGUUUUGUCUUUUCUCUCCAGUUUCUGAACCCCUUUGUCACUGGACUCUCUUGGGAACGCCAAUCAAGUUCUCUGUAAGUUGAUUACUUUUUGGUGUAAAAUAUUUUUACUUUACUUUGCCUUCUACAGUGGUGGUAGUUGCAAAAUUUACCUGCUCCACAGUCAGUGACAAAGAAACUGGAAAAGUACAAACCUGACAAAUAUGUGUUAGUAAGACUCCAGGUGUUGUACUUGCAAUCCUUUGAUGUUCACACUCUCCUAGCAAAUUAUUUGACCAAUGUGUGCCAUUUUGAUAAAGAGUAGAACUUUCUGUGGUUAGCUAAAAAUAUGUAUUUGUAUUAAAAUUAUCUUGCUAUGUAAAAGAGUAAUAUUGAUUUUCUUCUCUGAAAAGGCUAUGACAGCAUCAACAGUGAUAACACCACGUUAUCUGGAGGAUAGAGGAACUUUUCAAACAAUUACAGCUAUGGAAGCCUAUUCUAGUAAGAGUAUUGAAGUAAGUUCUUUGCAAUAACUUUUGGAAUUUUGUCACUUUAAGGUAAACUCUGAAGUCUCCAUUUGCAGGGUGCAAAGAAAAUCAUUUUUACAGCUUGCCAUUCGGGCAAGCCCAAGUUAGCAUUUACUAGCCGAGAUGUAAUUUCAACUAGCCCCAAAAACUUUUUGACUAGCAGAAUUGAUUUCACAGUUCUUCUGUUAUUCGAAUUUCUAAAAAAAAAUGACUUGCCCGUCGGGCAAGUUAAAAACAGAAUUCGCUAGCCCAAUAGCAAAAUCCACUAGCCCUGGGCUAUCGGACAAUGCUUUCUUUGCAUGCUAAUUUGUGUGUAUGCACUUGGCAUGCUAAUGGGUUAUGGCAUUACAUGCAACUGUUGGUAAUUUUGGGAAUUGCUUCGAUAGAGAUAUAUUGCAGUUUGCACCUCAUAUAAUGUGUGUAGCUCAAACACAUUAGUUGAUUGAUCAUUCAUAAUCUUAAUCAUAACUAAAUAGUAGAAUGUAGUUGUGAUAUUCAGGUACAAGGAAAGGGACAAGGUUUGUCCCAAUGCAACUUACAAAAUUGUCUUUCAAUUGUUGCACAGGAGCUGCGGUUUGAAGAUUACAGUGUGGAAAAAAAACCUUUUUCUUCAAUGUAAGGUUAUCAUGGGUGUGUACUCUGGGUAGCCAGUUUUAGGCUGUCAGUUAUUAGGAACGAGCUACAAGAAAAGUGAACACCAAAAGCAACAAUUGAGAAGUGAAGACUGGGAAAAGAGAAGGUGUCCUUGCCCGCCCCCCAUCCCAUCUCUUUCUGAUUUUCCAGUUUUUUUGCCUUAGCUUGUCUGUUUGCUUUUCCUCAUGACUGAGAGCCCAAAAUAGGCAAAUCACUAGGUUGUUAGAAAUUUCACUUUUAAUAAGUAAACUGUCUCUUAAUCAACUCCCACAUCAUUAUUUUUUGUUUAUAUCCCAAAAGCCUGUGGAACACCACGUUGCUUGGGGUCUUCCUUGGCAACACCAACACCCAACUUUUGAUUCUGUUUUGUGCUUCAAACAGUGAAGUCAAUGUCUGUUUAGUUAGCAAUCGUAAAACUGUAAGAUAUUUAAUUUUCGCACAUCUGUAGAAAUACCUAUCAUGUCACAGGUGCCCCAAGCUCGAAAUAUGACCAUCGGUGUUACUGGAACCCAUUUGCUCUCUCUAAAACACCCAUUAAAUGGUCAUAAAUCGGCUCAUAAACCACAGAGGAAAGAAGAAACACACAACUUAAGCAAGGUUAGCUGAUUUUUAUUUAAAUUCUUUUACAUUUGUAGGCUACAGAACCAAUUUUUUUUCUCCCAUACAAAUCCUUAGAAUUUUGAACAUUUAAAUUCUUUUACAUUCGUAGGCUACAGAACCAAUUUUUUUCUCCCAUACAAAUCCUUAUAAUUUUGAACGCACAACAGUGCCGAUGGUCAUGUUUCGAGCUUGGGCCACCUGUGGUCAUGUUGAGGUUUUCAAGAUGUGGUCACAUUUGAUAAAUAAUCAAAUUAUAGAAGAUGCUUUUACAACAAGGAGCCCAACAGUGUGACUGCUUUUGAUUUAUUCACAUUCUUUCUUACAGAUUUAAUCCAAUCAGAUGCCAGCUGGAAACUGUCCUCAACUUCUGAUUGGUUAAUGUCUGCAUGAAAAAAUGUGACUUAAUUAAGGGAGGUCACACUUUUGGGCUCCUUGCUGUAACAUGUUAUAGGAUUUACACUAACUUCACUAUCUGGUUUAUUUUCUUAUACCAUAAUACAGCCGACUGACUUUCUUUACUAAGUGUCCGCCUUUUACCAUGAUACACUAAAUUUUUGGGUUGUUUGAUUUUGCGGAUCGUCGAUUUUUUGUAUUUCAGGGAGACGAUUUUUUCUUGGUGGGAAUAUAUUUUUAAGAUUUUCCGGUGUUCGCGUUUAAAUGGAUUUAUGAGUGACUGUUAUCGGAAUACUGGAAAAACAAGUUAAACAACAUACAGAGAUGUAAAAGGCGUAAAUCGAUAAUACUCUAUCGUAUCGCAAUAUGGCUGAAUGCUCCGGCUAGUGAUGAGCAUCGACUAUCGGUAUUACUCUUCACGGUGGAGAAAUUUUUUGUGGGAUUUUUUUCUUAUUUAUUGUCUCAGGUUGAAACGUUUUCUGUAAAUAAAAAAUCGCAAAAAUAAGAACCUCAUAUUAUUCAGGACCCCGUAAUAAAAGUAGUGGAAAAUACAGGAGAGGCAAUAAGCAGAGAUGUAAUACCUUUUAAAAUCGUUGUCACUCUAUAGAGCGUUUUCACAAGACGUCACGGCGACCGUGUUGGUUCCAAACCAAUUCUCUGCCCGGAGUCAAACUCUUUUCUUAUGUUAACGCUUUCUUUUGUUCCAAUACAUUUUCAUAAUAUUAAGAAUAACUCAAAAUUAUUAAAACCCAGAAACAUUUAGUGGUGACUGGUAGGUAAGGAUAAGGACUGAAGUACCGUAGUAACCAACUCAUGCUAGGUGAGGGUCAUCCGACUUGAACUCAUGCUAGGUGCCUUUUAAGAGAGAGAUUAGUGCAUUCAUUACUUGUCAAUCACUAAAAUCUAUCAGUAUAAAUAACGUUAGUCCUAAAAGCAAUCCACUCUUCUAUUUCAGAUCUAUCUUUAGGUCCAAGAAGAGUUCCGUCCGUGGAGCCUGUGCUGGAAUUAUCCGUGAAUCAUUUCCCCAGAGGAAAGCGGAAUCACCAGUUGCAAGUUGGUAAAAUUUGAAUAAAAAAUCAAUUACCUUCUUGUAGGCUCUCGUUUCAUGCUGUCACCUACACACAUUUUAAUGGAUGCUAAGAGCUUUUAGCAUACAGCAGCAGUAUGUCACUUGUCUUAAGUUGAUGUUGUUUUCCUCGUAGUGUCUACAGAUUGCAGCGCAGACGAGUCUGAGGCACCGUCGACAAGUACUUCAUAUUCCUUCAGAACAAAUGUCAGACCAAAAUCAGAUCCCGCUCGAGUUUUUACUCCACCGCAACCGCAAGCUGCGGAUAAGAAACCACUAUCAGCGCUGUCUGUUUCAGAGGCUCAGGAGCUCAAGAAUGCACUGUUAGAGAGCAUUGCCAAGUGUAUGCAGAUUCAGAACUCUCUUUACAAGCUCGUGUUACUCACGUUACAGGCUUUCAUCAGGGGCCAAGCUGAUGCUGAUUCUGAACACAGAGGGGCAUCAAGUGGUGACACAGGUGACAAUCAAAAUACUGGUCCCGGAGCUCUACUAAACGAGAUUAAGGAGCCUCUGAAUUCCUUGAUGCGCUGUGCUGACAUUCAAAGGUCUCUGUAUCAAAGGCUCGUCACUGUGAGUUUGAUUUCCAGUGAAGAGACUGGACAAUCCAUUACAGGUAACUGGCAAUCCUUUGAUAAUCCAAGCAGACACAAGUUCCUUACAUGGGGUAAUGAAAAUGAGUCUGGCCCCAGUUGUACCAAAGGUGCAUGAAUAACACUAUCCAACGGAUAAAUCUCUAUUCACUGGAUAGCGUAACUGGUCUUCCUAAUACCUACACGUAUCUACCAGAUAGUGAUUUAUCCCAUGUAUAGCACUAUCCAACUUUCUAACAACUAAGGUCUGGUAGCUGUGACUUGCAAAGCUGUGACUGAAGUAAAUCAUGGAGAAGGUGCUCACUAUUCAGUAUCACUUUCACUUGUAAUAUAUUCUCUAAUUGUAAUUUGUUUACCCACGAAACACUUAAGGGUUCUUAUGAACUCUUUUAAACGUGUCCGUGCGCUCCAGAUCGAAGUGGAAUUUGGAAGUGUUGAUUUUUGAGGAGAGGGGAAACCGGAGUAAUCGGAUAAAAACCUCUCGGAGCAAGGGAGGCUUCGAAGGCGGGAUUUGAACCCAGGCGACAUUAGUGGGAGGCGAGUGCUCUCACCACUGCGCAAACCUUGCUCCUCCUCCUCCUCAUCAUCAUCAUCCACCAUAAUUAUCGUCACAGUCUUGCUUUGCCUGACGGCCUUUCCUCGGUAUGUCCACCUUUCAACGUCUACCACAAUUUGCGCCUAAGGGACCGUUCAUUUUUUAUAGGGUAGGGGGGGCUGGUGGGAUUUGGAGGAGUGUAAUUUGAAAAUUGUAUGACCCCCAAUUUUUUUUUUUUCGCCCCCCCCCCAUCAGAGUAAUUUUUGAAGCCCCCUCAUGAACAAAAAAAAAUACAUAAGGUAUUAAAAAAAGUUACUGCAUUAAAAUUUCGUUUUGUUACAUUUCACGUAAUUUAGUGAAAGAAAGCUGAAAACUAGAAAGCUGUUUUUAACAAAUCCUCACUCAAAAGAAUGAAAAGUCAAUUUCAGCUCUUCUUGUUACUGCUCGUCCUGAGCGUGUUGUAGCUGGCCGCUCGUCUACAUAUUCCUCGUCUGAGGCGAUAAAAGCAAGAACGACAUCAUUUGAGUCGUCUUCAGAGUCAGGGACAUCACUCUUGUAAUCAUCAUCAGUUUCUUCUCUCUCACUGCUUUCACCACUGCUGUCUAGUUGACCUGAUUCAUUGCUGCCUCUCACUUCGGCUUGACCUGUUCUGAGAGUAUUCAUCUGCAGGAAGUGUUUUCUUCCAUUUGUAAACAUCUCUUAUCCUAUUUUUAAUCUAAUUUUUUCGUCCGACCCCCCUUUCCUUCAUUUUUUUUCGGCUGGCCCCCCUUUCAAGCCAAUUUUUUUCGAGUGUCCCCCCCCAAUCCCACCAGCCCCCCCUCUCUCAUAAAAAAUGAACGGUCCCUAACACCCAGUAAUAAGGUGGGGACCGAAUUAACACCUUUUUUGGGCAGGAUCCCAUUAAGGAUGUGCUAUUUGUAAGUAGUUUAACACGUUGGUUUUAAGGUCGAUAAAUGUCUUGGUUUUCGAUUGGUUGACUAGAAACUAAGAAAAGCAUUCUUUGGUUGGUUCAUGGUGUCGAAGGAAUAAGCUCAAACUCGCCUGUGACUUAAAAUCACUUGACCGUAAUGAAAUUAUGCACGUUCUAUUUCCUGCCGCUUUCAUUGUCCAGUUCCGGUUCACUGAUUCUUUGCGCGCAAAUCGCGCUGAUUUAUUGAGGAAGAUAGCAAACUAGCUCUUUUUAUCACGAAAAACAUUUUUUCACUUUCUCUCCUCCCUUUUUUGCUUCCACAUUUCUAUUGCUUUCCCACCACCACAUUUCUAUUGUUUUCCUUUCACCACCACUGACACAUAAUUGACCUUAUUUUGACCCCACAUCGACCACAGACCGACCCUACGUCAACCCCACACCACUACUACCACCACCACAUUUCUAUUGUUUUCCCUCGACCAUCACGACCACAUUUCUUUUGUUUUCUCCCCACCACCUCAUUUCUAUUUUUUCCCUUCUCCUCCUCCUCCUCCUCAUUGGCUGAUUUAGUAACAGAGCGGGAACGUUAGUCGAUGACGGGAAAGUGCAGGGGCGAAAGUGCGCGGAAAGGACUCAACGCGACUUCUAUAGACUACUAGUGCUCAAUUUGCCUCUGCGAUUGGUCAUUCCAGUUGUUUGAUUUACGCGCGCCGUCGUCCACUAGCGUUCCCGUUCUUUUGCAAAAUCAGCAUUAUUGUUUUAACUCCUCUUCCUCCUCCUCAUUUCUAUUGUUUAUCCGCUAGUCAGGUCAUUUAGAAGGUCAGACAGGUUAAGACCGGACCAAAAGGCCAGAAUCAGGAAAAAAUAGCCAAAAUCAGGCCAAAAAUGAAGAAAGGACUCACGGGUCAUCUAUACGACCUGUCUGGAGGAAAACCAAAAGAAGUAAGUACAAAAAGGAGAAGGAGUGAAAACAAAAGUGAGGAGGAGGAGCUUUCUGUGUGUUUCGUUUUAUGACAAUUUGUUGUCAAAAAAGCAACAGCAACAAACAACAAAGAAGCAAACAACCUCUCACUUGCUUAACGGGAAAGCGUUUUAACCUUAUCAAUUGAUGCAAGCAUAUCGCAUCACCGAAAGAUAAUAUAUAUUUUUAAUAACAAAAUUAAAAGGAUCAUUUACGAACUUUUGGUAACAAACGUUCGAUUUCUCUUUUAAACAGAUACUGACACAAGUGCGUUUACAGGAUUUCGUGCCUGUAAAUGUUUGAAAGUUUUGUACGAAACGAGUUUGUUCGAAGGUUACACACCAUAUAGGAAACUUGGAUUAGAAUGUUUGGAAGACUGAAAAUCUUAAAGGUGGCCAUUGGUGGAAGUGGAAAAACUAGACACACCGUGAACUGUACAGUAUGUUGUCCUUGGUCCGCGACUUUUCUGAAUAUGAUGAAAUGUUUAGUCCCGAAAUAAAAUUUUAAAAAAAUUACUGUGUCCGAUGAUUUAUUGAUUAGUCCUGUUUCAUAUGACGAAGUUUUGGCUUUCCUGCUGUUGGUGAAGGCACGAAAUUCACGUUUGUUGACAGGUAGGAUAAUUUGUCUUUAUUGAAGUUGUACUUUUGCUGCACCGUAACUUACAUGGUCAGGUUUACUCGGCUUUACUUGGCUGCCGUUGGAAGCACAUGUGCAACCUCGUUCCCGGUGUUAUCUCCUACCCGCAACUUCACGAUUAUGGAGAGGAACGUAAAAGCUAUCUUCAGGAGGUAUUUCAGGUCCUUAAAAACGUUGACUCGGGUAAGAUAUUCAAGAAAAUAAUUUUCAGUCGCGGACCAAGGAUCACAUACUGUACAAAAACUUCACUAAAAACGUGAAGACUAUCUCUUUUACUCCUGAGUUACACAAAGCAAAUGAUUCCGGCGUUGAAUACCCGUAUAUGAGAUGAAACUUCAUGGAAACACAUUUUCUUGCGACUAGCCCAAAGAAAAUUUACAAAAGAAAAACUGUAUUAAAAAAACUUAUUGAAUCGCAAUGACUACUUGACCUUCAUACAACUGCAGGCUCACAAAAUCUUCUUCUGUCUGGGUCAUUGGUGUGAUUAAGCUAUUGAAACCGAACCUACUUCGUUAGAGAUUUUCUUGAUAUUGUUUACUGUCCGCUUACGGAAGGUUAUUUGAUACCCUGUGGGCCCCAAAUAGGGUGUCCUUAUCUGAUUAUGAGAGGUGUCCAAUCACGGGAGGUUUGAAAAAAAAAUGUAUUGAGUGGAAAGGAGAGAUCGCCAGGACGGCGGUUCGGUGGCCGCUUACAGGAAGUGUUCGCUAUUGGAUGUUGACUUUACAUUUAUCUUUACCCUUCUUGUGAUUCAUUUAUGUCCUAAUAAGUUUUUUUGUUUUCAACAGACGAACAAGCUGAUUUGGAAGACAACUCAAUGGCAGUUCAGUAUGAGUUGGAAGAGAUAGCUUUUGAAAACAAACUAGAAUGCAGUUAUGCUCGAAAUCCCUUUACGUCAAUACAGUACUGGGCGUCAACUAACAAAGACGUCUUACAUCGUGUAUCUGGUAAACGUGCACAGCUCCCUCAUGGACGAGGUAGCCUUAGAACUGUAAAAGGCAAGCUUGUCUACACUGGUCAGUGGCGCAAAGGUAAACAUUCAGGGUCGAUUAUAAACUUAGAACGCGGUUUAGGAAACCUUUGGAACUCAAGAUCUCUUCCUUAGUGGGUUAUUUUAAGAAGACAAAUGCUUUUUUAGUCUACGCCGUUUGCUUUCUUGAAAGCGUUCGGCAACUGAAAAUCGCCUAGAACGCGGUAGGCUAAACGUAGGCUAAACCCCGUUUAAAUAACCGGCCCUCAGUCUCAAUUGAAGUGAAUGAAAUUUAACAUUUCAAGUUUCUGGACUUUGUUUCGUAACAGAUAUUAAUUAAGGCCCUGCCCAUACGUAUCCGGAGAUUUUAUUUCUCCAUUUUAGACUUCACGAGUAAAUGGUCGGGCACCAAAAACGGGCACCAAAAACGAGGGCUUUCGAAAACGGUCCCCAGAGUGGAGUUUUUUUGAAAAAGCUGGCUUUUCGCUUUUGUGGGCAGAAACGGAGGCUUUCGAAUACGAUAAUUUCAUUCAUAAUACAACGCGUUCAUCGCUUGCACAUUUCCCAGAUACACCUUGUUUGCCGCUCAGAACUUUGUCUUUUAUUUCUCUUGAGAGUACUGUUAUAUCCAGGAGGAAUCCAAAACUAAGGUUAUACGAAGUUUUGGGGGGCAAACAAAGUGCAUGAUGGGAGAUGUGCAAACGGUGAAUGUCCUGUAAUAUGGAGGGACGAAGUAUUCCAAAAUCCAACGUGUAGACGCGUAUUUUUUUUUGUAAACGGAAAAAAGAUCUCCGUUCUCAAAAGUAUCUGGGUACAUGCGGACGAGACCUAAAUACUUUAUUGCUCUGGUUAGUUUACAGGCACUUCACUCAAAUAGUUAGAAACAAAUAAACCAAAUAAAACAUGGAAGCUGGGAGUAAAACUCAUAAGUAGCAUGCAGGAGGCUUUUAAUAAUUGUGGUUUAAGUUUGUGUGUAUCUUUUUUUGUGUUUACUCAGGCAAAAGACACGGCAAGGGCGAAGGUCUUAUAUUCUCCUUUAAUUCUACCCAAUCAACACCGAACUAUUUUGCUGCGGAACAUGGAUUUUACACUGGUGGAUGGAAACACAACAUGAGGUCAGAUCUGCACCAUCUCUUGAUGAUAUUCUUUCAAUCGUUGGUUGACGAAUGUUAAAUGUGACUUGCAUGUUGUUUCUCAUACUCCGCACAUUUGCUGUGCCACUUUUAUCUGCUCAUAGUUCAUUCACAAAAUCAGAAGAAAAUUUAUCUCUUCUCCACGUCUCACCGUUUCUCCCUCCUUUUUCAGCACUUAUGUACAUAUAUUGCAGGUAUACACCAUGGAAAGUCUCCAUCUUCUUAAGGUGGAGUCACCGUUAAAUAAUUUAUACUUGUCAAUAAAAUGGUGAACUGUUUGUUUUCCCAAACAAGGCACGGUCAUGGGCAGAUGACGUUCUCCUCCGAUGCUGUAUAUGAAGGUCAGUGGCUUUUUGACAAAAUGACAGGAUAUGGUACCUUAAAGCUCCCGGAUGGAACCAUUCAGGAAGGGACUUGGAAGGAAGGUUCCUUACAGGGUUGCGCUCUUUUCACCUGGCCACAUGGUGUCACUGAGUACCGGGAGUAUGAUACAAUCCGAGGUAGGGAAACGCAAGUAAAAGUGAUAUAUUUUUGCGUCGAACGCGAUUGCAACGGAUCCAUUGGUCAGGCUUAAAAAAGAACUGCAAACGUGGCACACUAAUUUACGUUCCUCUUCUCUUUGGCUGAUCAAUGAAUUUAAGAACCCCGUAACAAUUUCCCUUGGUCUUGUCGAGGACGUGUUCGCCUAUAUAAGCUAGUAAUCCACAGUCGAAUUUGAAGUUCACGGCUCUUACAGGAUAGGUAAGAUCGUUGUCAACGGGAAAAACUUUAUUUUUGCUCGUGUGUCUUGGUCACUUUAAUCAUUAUAAAUAGGUAGAAAGAAAGAACAGACGCAUGAAGCAACUAAUUGAGGCAAGCGAUUGAAGUAACUUAAGAGUUUUCUAAUCAGUCUCCAGCUUUCGAAUUUUGUUUAAUGCAAGGAUAUCAUGACUAGAUAGGGAGGCGUUUCUUUUACAUCAUUGAUGGUCCUCAUGUAAUAACAGUCGAGUCACUUGAUGGUAUCCAGGAAACGCAGAAGGAAGGCGGCGGCAUUCGCUAUAUAAGGGAGCUUAAGCAACGAUGACGACAACAGCAGUGAAAACGUCGCUAAAAAGAUCAAUUUGCGUCCUUUCAAACUUUUUUGGACCCACUCAAUUUGUCAAAUGUAGGCGGUUUUUCGUGGAGGGACUUAAGGUUUUUCCCUAGGGACUUUACCCGGGUUUAAUGAGAGAAAAGUUGACGUCGUAUUCUCUAUUUUCGAAUUCCCCAUAAUACACUCUGUUUGCCCUCCAAAUUUUGCAUAAACCAUUGUUUUUAAAUGCUCCUGGGAGUAUUGCAUUUUCCCAAGAGCAUUUUAAGACAAUAAGUUAUGCAAAAUUUGGGGGGAAAACAGAGUGUAUUAUGGGGAAUUCGAAAAUAGUCAAUGUUUACGUCCUGCAUCAACGUCGCAUUAGACGGUUUCACGUCACGUCAUAGCCGUUAAGGAAGUGUACUAAAAAGCGUGAUGCACGUGCAAAGCAGUUGUUUUGCUCAUAAAACCAGUUGGUUUUAGACGUUGUUGUUGUCGUCAUCGUCGUGGUUGCCUAAGCUCCCCACUGAAUCCGCUGUGUUUUCUCAACAGGUCAGCUGUCUUCCUGUAAAAUUGAAAAAGAAGCCGCUGAAAAGCUGUCACAGAUGAGCUCUCUUCGCUCUCAACUCCUCAAGUUAAGGGAACAGGUUUCUGAGCUAAAAGAAGAGAGGAGGUCGCUCUUAGAACUACUGAACACGCAGAAAACAGAUCAAGCUGAGGCAAAACGUGAAAUAAUGUCCAGCCUUGGCAAGUUAGAAGCAAAUUUUACCACGCAGCGAAAGAAGGACUAUCAGCAACAACGAGAUGAAUAUGAACAAAAGCUGAAAAAAGCAACUGAAUCUGAAUCAAAGAGCGCUGAAAGGAUACGGGAGUUAGAAAAGCAAUUAGAGGAAUCGUCAAAUGCACAGCUGUGUCAGAUUUGUUUUGAACACCCACGUGACUGUAUCAUUAUGCCUUGUACUCAUUUGCUUUACUGCAGAGCUUGUGUGGCUGAGCAUAAAAGGAGCGGGGCUAACCGCUGUCCCACCUGCCGUGGACCCAUUUCUGGCGAAAUUUUAUGUAAUGUCAAUCAUUCAUCCUGA